AUGGAAUCAAAGCACGACAAUAAAUCACAAAAUUAUGAGUUAUUUAUUCAAGAAAUUGAAUCAACUGAUGAUUAUUGGGGACCAACUUUUAGGGCAAUUUAUGAUGGCGAUGAAGAACAAAAAUUUAUGGAACUCUUGGAUGGGAGAAUCAAGCAACAUGACAGAGAUAUUGAAAAAAUGUGCAACUACCAUUACCAGGGAUUUAUUGAUUCCAUUAGGGAAUUACUCCAAGUUAGAUCUCAGGCUCAAAAGUUAAAUACUGAAAUUGUUGAGUUAAAUACAUCUCUUCAGCAAUCUUCUGAAAGGGUUAUGGAAAAAACUGAAGAGCUCGUCAAAGCUAGGAAAGUUGAAGCUAAUAUUGCUGCUACCAUUCAGAGCCUUCAGUCGUGUCUUCCAGUUUUGACUACUUAUUCAAAGCUCCAAAAACAAAUGAAGGAAAAGAGAUAUUAUCCUGCCUUAAAAACACUCGAGCAAUUGGAACAUCAAUAUUUACCUAGAGUCGCUAACUAUAGGUUUUCUUCUCAAAUGAAAGAAAGUAUUCCUAAGUUAAGAGAGAACAUUAAGGAAGCUUCUAUGUCUGAUUUAAAAGAUUUUUUGGAAAACAUCCGAAAAGUUUCAGCCAGAAUUGGUGAAGUAGCAAUGCGUCAUACCUCUGAACAGCUCAUCGUUGAUCCAGGAAUCAUUAAGAAAAAAAAGAAGAAAGCACCUCAUCCUCCGAACCCAUUUACAGGAGAGGUUGAUAAAGAAGAAGGAUUGGAUGUUGAUGAUCUCAGUGCCCAGGAUCUGAUAGAUUUUUCACCUGUCUACAGAUGCCUUCAUAUUUAUUCUGUUCUUGGUUCCAGAGGAGAUUUUGAAACUUAUUAUAGAAAACAGAGAAAGCAGCAAGCCACCCUUGUUCUACAGCCGCCUACCAAUAUGCAUGAGUCUAUUGAUGGGUAUAAAAUGUAUAUGCACAGUGUUCUUGGAUUUUUCGUUGUUGAAGAUCAUGUUUUGAAUACAGGAAAUGGUCUAAUUGACAGGACUUAUCUUGAUGAAUUGUGGUCAUUUGCUGUUGGAAAAAUUGUCAACACUCUUAGAACCCAUUCUGCAUAUUGCACUGAUGCAACACUGAUGUUAAAAAUAAAGAAUCUGAUAAUGCUUUUCAUCACUACUCUGAGAAACUAUGGCUAUUCAGUCAACCAAGUAUUUGAAGUUCUUCAUGAGAUUAGAGAUCAUUACAACGAAGUUCUAAUGCAGCGGUGGGUUGGUGUUUUUAGAGAGAUUUUAGAUGAAGAAAGUUUCCUCCCCGCUGAAGUAGAGACCCAGGAAGAAUAUGAUGCAGUGGUAUCUGCUUUUCCUUUCCAUGACGAUGAUCUAGAUAAUUCUCCUUUUCCUAAAACAUUUCCUUUCUCUCCUCUUGUUCCUAAUGUAUAUCAACAAGUCAAAGAAUUUAUUUAUGCUUGCUUAAAAUUUUCUGAAGACCUUGGUUUGAGUCAAGGAGAAGUGGAUGAUAUGAUCCGUAAGUCAACUAACCUCCUUCUGACAAGAACAUUCACUGGCUGUCUUUCAUCAGUAUUCCGAAAACCAAGUCUUGGCUUAACUCAAGUCAUACAAAUAAUAGUUGAUACCCGGUACCUUGAAGAAGCCACUGUUUACUUGGAGGAGUUUGUUUCAAAUAUUACUGGGUGUCGUAGUGAAUUAUCGCUGAGGGCUGGAAAAGAAGCUGGUGGCCACCUUUUUGGUGUAGCUCGGGAUGAUGCAGAAAAACAAAUUUGUGAAAAACUGAAGAGAAAGUUAGAUGAAUUUGUGGAACUAGAAGCAUACGAUUGGCUUCUUGUCGAGCCACAGGGCCACGCUUCCAGUUUCAUUACUGAUCUUAUAGCUUUUCUCAAUUCCACUUUUACUUCAUUCACUGACUUACCUGGAGAAGUUGCACAAGUUGCUUGCAAAUCUGCUUGUGAACAUAUAGCAAAGUCCUUAAUGGGAAUGGUGUUAAAUGAUGAGGUGAAACAGAUCUCAAUGGGUGCUUUACAACAACUCAAUUUGGACACCAUUCAAUGCGAGCAAUUCGCAGCGAGCGAACCAGUUGGCGGUCUUGAAGAAGGCUCAUUACUGUGUUAUUUUACUGAUUUAAGGCAGCUUUUGGAUCUAUUCAUGUCAUGGGAUUGGCCGACUUACUUUCAUGAUUAUGGGCAGGAGAAUAGCAAGUAUCAGCAUGUUUCUCCGAAUACUGCCAUAAUUCUUCUUGAAAAAAUUAGGGAAGCUGACAAAAAGACUGUUUUCUCUGUCCUGAAAAAAAGUGAAAGAGAUAAAAAGAAGUUGCUGGAGACGGUACUGAAACAGUUGAGACAACUUGCUUUGACAGCGUCGCAGCAACAGCAGUAG